CGUACGUAAAUACAAUGACAUAAUAACAGGGUUCCUAACCUAAGCUGGGCGAGACACGAAGUUUUACAGGCUUGGAAUUGUAAUGCGAACGGUCUGCGUUUCUCCGGGUGUUUAACGACUGGAAGAUGGCUUCGGUGAAAUUCGGGAAGCACUUGAAAGAGUUGAGGAUCCUCCUCUGCCAAACGUCCAAGUCAAGCCAAGGCGUUAGAGAUUUCAUCGAGCAGCAAUAUGUACCGUUGAAGAAAAACAAUCCGAGAUUCCCCAUUCUGAUCAGGGAAUGCUCGGCAAUCGAACCGAAGCUGUAUGCGCGCUACGAAUACGGCGUAGAGCGUUGCGUGCCUCUGUCGAACCUGAAAUCCGAGGACAUAGCCGGGAGGAUUCAAGAGCUGGCGUCUCAAAAAUAGAUAUACUUUAUUACGUUAAUGAAUACGUGUAUCAUAUGUAUAGUGUUUUAAUAAAAUAGCUGUAUCAAUUAAAAGGCGAUCUCGAAGACUUGCGUUGUCGGGAAUCCGUCCGUACGGAGAUUCCGUCGCUUGCUAUCGAUGCCUUUCGGUAUCGUUAACUAGACGGCCAAUCUAACAGAGACGCUCUUCAAGAGAGACGCAGCUCAUCACGGGUUAUUGCUAGUUAAUACCGAAAACAGCCUCGAUAGCAAAUUACAGAAUCCCCGCACAGAUCUUGCGCGAGUUUUCCCUUUCAGGCAUAUAAAUAACUCAUGCUGACGAUACACGGAAGUACAUUAUCAACCUAAAUACACUUAAGAUUGUGAAAACAACCAAGAAGAAUUGCACGAAUAUUUGCAAUAUCCUCUACAGGUUCAACUUAAAGUAAAAUGACAGUGUAAGAAUAAAUUCCGGUACCGCGCGAGACUCGACGCUCAAUAAAUACAAUCAAGAAACGCAGGCGUACGACUGGAACUUCAUACCAUUAACAAACAUACAGCGCAGAGAUCUCUUAUGUGUGAUAUGUGCCAGCUGUAUCCAAGAGGCAGUGAUCUCUCCUGUGUUGUAUGAAAAUAUACAUCUCCAGAACAUAA